AUGAUCCCCGAGCUCGUUGUACCAGACCUCAAAGGCUUCGAGCUUCAACCCUACGUGUCUUACCGUUCGACAGUUAAGAAGCAGCCCAAGUUCACUGCAGAGUUGUUGUUCGACCUAGUUUACGCAGAAAAAAUAAAACAAGAUUUCCAGGCUGGAAAGCUGGACGAGAAUAACCAGCCCCUGGAGCCGAGUAUCGAAGAGUCUCUGACUCCUGAAGAAGCUCUGGCGCAAUCUCGAAAAACAGGAAGCGACUUUUGA